AAAUGCCACUCUUCUCAAAGGCUCUUGAGGUGCAUCCGGGGUAUUUGGUUCACAUGGCAGCAGCAAACUUGACUCCACCUGGUUCUUUGGAUUUAAAUCUGCCUGGAUUUUCGAGAGAGAUACUUGGGACUAAAUUGGAGGGCAAAUACCUCUGCUCUGAGUGCAAGAAUAUUUUGAGGAGGCCAUUUCAAGCUCAGUGUGGACACCGCUAUUGUUCCUACUGCCUGAAGAAACUUAUAAGCUCUGGGCCUCAGAAGUGUGCAGCCUGUAUUCAGGAAGGAAUAUAUGAAGAAGGAGUUUCUAUUUUAGAAACAAAUUCGGCUUUCCCAGAUAAUGCAGCUCGUCGUGAGGUGGAAAGUUUGCCGUCUGUCUGUAUUAACGAUGGCUGUACCUGGAAAGGAACUAUUAAAGAAUAUGAGAGCUGCCAUGAAGGGGACUGCCCAUUCAUGCUGAUUGAGUGCCCAGCAUGUAAGGGAAUGAUCAAACUGAAUGAAAAGGAGCGCCAUUCGGAGAGGGAAUGCCCCGAGAGAAGUCUCAACUGCAAAUACUGCAAAUCGAUGUUCUACUUUCCUGAUAUUAAGGCUCAUGAUGAAAUCUGCCCUAAAUUUCCACUGACUUGUGAGGGCUGUGGGAAGAAGAAGAUUGCAAGAGAGAAGUUUCAGGACCACGUGAACACUUGUGGAAAGUGUAAAGUGCUGUGCAGAUUUCAGAUAGUUGGCUGCACAGAGAUGGUGGAAAAUGAAAAGCUUCUGGAGCAUGAGAGCAAAUGUGUGGGUGAGCAUCUGUAUAUGUUGCUGGACUUUGUGCUCAAACUUAAGACUGAGUCUGAAGACUUCAAGCACCGCCCAACCCUUGCAUCUAUGCGGGACAGUUCCAUGCUCUUAACAGCCGGCUCACUGUGCUCCGAAUCUGAGCUGUCUGAGUCCUUGGAGCUGCAAAGGAGGUGUGAGGCCCUGGAGAGGAAGACAAUCACAUUUGAGAAUAUUGUGUGUGUGCUGAAUCGGGAAGUGGAAAGGGUGUCUCUGACAGCUGAGGCAUAUAACCGGCAGCAUCGGCUGGAUCAGGAGAAAAUUGAAAUUCUCGGUAACAAGGUCCGGCAGCUGGAAAGGAGCAUUGGACUGAAAGAUCUGGCCAUGGCUGAUAUGGAGCAAAAGAUCCACGACAUGGAAGCUUCCACCUAUGAUGGCGUUUUCAUCUGGAAGAUUACAGAGUUUGCCAGAAAACGUCAGGAGGCAAUAGCUGGCCGUUGUCCUGCCAUCUUCUCUCCAGCCUUCUACACAAGCAGAUAUGGCUAUAAGAUGUGCCUGCGUGUGUACCUAAAUGGGGACGGCACUGGACGUGGGACCCACCUGUCUCUGUUCUUUGUGGUGAUGAAAGGCCCCAGCGAUGCACUUCUGCGAUGGCCCUUCAACCAGAAGGUGACCCUGAUGCUGCUGGAUCAGAAUAACCGGGAGCACAUUAUUGAUGCUUUCCGACCUGAUGUGACAUCAUCGUCCUUCCAGCGACCUGUCACCGAGAUGAACGUUGCCAGUGGCUGCCCACUCUUCUGCCCAGUCUCCAGGAUGGAGGCCAAGAACUCUUACGUGCGUGACGACACCAUCUUUAUUAAAGCCAUCGUAGAUCUCACAGGCCUCUAAAGCCUCCUCCCCACCAGGAGCUGUGAGCACAGUGACAGCCCUGACUAGGGCUUUACCUCCCUGUGCUGCACCCUCAGCAUGCCCUAGAACAGGGUGAAGUCCAGAUCUGGCCCCGUCCCGGAAGGGACUUGCUCCACUCUGAGUGGAAAUGCAGUGUCAGAUGGGAACCCUCCCAGCUGCUCUAGUACAGAUCUUCUUUGAGAAGAGGCUUGUGUUGAGGUUACUUUGAGUGUGAUCCAUGACAAAUGGGGACUUGGAUGAUCCCCUGCAGGAAUCAGCUACCAGGGCUCCCUGCACUGGGCUUUCAGGCUAAAAUGAAUGCAGCUCUUUUGUACUUGUUUAAUGCACAGCUCUGGUAUCCUACAGUGGAACAGGCAUUCAGGCUGCCCAGAGCACCACUGCACAGAGCCCUUUGGCCUGCCCCUGCCAUUCUCCUCAUAGACCUCUGUGUUAGAGGGAGCUGGCUUCUCUCUAGUGGUUUUGCUUAAAGUUUUUGUCAUUCUCUGCUGCUGACUGGUUUGCUCCUUGACAUGAGGGUGGGAGGGACAACAGGGACUAGGGGCAGGCUGAGGUGGUCUGUGAGUGGGAAGACAACAGUUUAGCAGCCUCACUGGCUUCUCUGGCAGACAUUGCUGCAGAGACCCUUUGAGUGGGGCCACAAAUCAGUAGGGCAAGAGGGAGAUGUGCCCAGUGCCCACGUCUGAUGGGAGGGACCAGUGUAGAGUAAGGGAGGGAACAGCAUCUGAGAAGUAUUUUCCUCUUUCAGUGUAGGCAUCCAACCUGACUGUUGUGUGCUCUCGAUGCCUUUGGCAUAGCGUGGGUUUUUAAUCAGAGGCAGGCAAAAUAUGGCCCGUGACCCAGAGGAAGCCUUGAGCAGGCUCCCUGUCUUCUGCACCCUAUACAAAGCAACCAGUGUUGGGGGUCAUGUGUUCUCUGCACACCGUGUGCUGGGGAGGAGGAAGGUGUUGCGCACUCCCCCUGCCUCCAGCACAAUUUCGCAGCUCCCAUUGGCCGGUGCUUGUAGUAUAUGAAACUGCUCCCUGUAGGAAUUUGCCCCUAGUAGCAAUUACCAAUAUGUACAAUUGUAAGAAGUUGCUACCUGAUGUAGCACAAAUUCCUACAGGAAGCAGUUUCAUUCACUACACUGGCCACUCUGAGUGGCAUGUAGGGGCGUGGUGAGCAGGGAGCCUUCCUGAGGAUCCUGCUGGGCUGCUGGCCAGCAGGCCUAACCAAAGAGUUUGCGGGGCCCAAGGCAGCAUGUUGUGGUUGGCUGCACCUUGUGGCCAGGUGGCUUUCAGCUAGGGCAGUGAGCAAAUGGGUGCCAGGCAUCAUGGGGGCCCUGAAGGCAUGGUGCCCAAGGCAACUGCCUUGCUCACCUUGCCCUAAGACUGGGCCUGCUGACCGGGAGCCACCUAGGUAAGUGCCUCCCAGCCAGAGCCCACCUCUGGCACCCAGCUUUUCCCUCCAAUCCUCUGCUCCCUCUCCUGCACCCCUGCCUCAGGUCACAACCCAAACCCCUGCACUUCUGCCCCAAGUCACAACCCCCCGCACUCCCUCCUGCACCCCUUCUCCAGGUCAGAAUCCCUUUCCUUCACGCAUACCCACUCCCACAGCUGUUACCCCAUUUCCCUGCCCUAGAUCACAACCCAAACCCCUUCACCAUCUCCUACACCUCUGCCCCAGUUCACAACCCCCUCCCAUACCCUACGCCCCCUACAGGUCAGAAUCCUCUCCUGCACUCAUACUCCCUCCCGGACCCUGCAUCCCAAACUCCUUCCCUAGGUCACAACCCUCUCCUUCAUUGAAACUCCCUCCCGGAUGCCACACACCCUCCUUGCAUCCAACCUCCAUCCCAAAACCCUCACAUCCUCCAUUAAUAUUAGGCACUCAAAUUCUUGGAGUGGCUCCCAUCAAAAAUUAUUGCCCACCCCAACCUAAUAGAUCAGUCUUGUAACUCUCUCGAGUGGGUCCUAACCUAGUCAGAGAGAUGCUUUGGAAUCUAAUUUGUGGCCUGUUAAUGGAUCGCUCUAGGAGCUGGGGUUAGGGCAGGAGAGCCUGAGUCCCAUUUGGCUGGCUGGCACCCCAGGAAUGCGGUCUUCUGGGUUUAGCCAAGGGGGGAGAGCUCAUUAGCUGCUUUCCCCUCCAUUCUCAUCCUGGCUUUUAGCAUCUCUUGGCAUUCUGCUGUUCCCUCACUUGGAGUCCUCUCUCCAGCUAUCCUCCCCAGACACCCACUAAUCUUGAAUGUAAAAUCUUGGGCUUUUCUCUGUACUUUAGUUAUUUACAAGCCUGAGGUCUAAGUCUCACCAGCACUGGCAGCCCCCGAUUAUACAUGUAGCUUUUCAGUAGCACACACCAGUGGCUUCCUUCCUAAUCAUACUGUCCAGAACUGCCUGGCCAGCUGCAGUUACUUGGUUAGCACUGUCUUAAGAGCUUUCCCUGGGCACUCUUCCCUCCCAGGACUCUUGCAUUCUGGCCUCGAUUUGCUGCCUCUUUCUUUCUGUUUGGUGGAGAUUGGAUUCUUGUCAGAGUGUUGUCAUUGUGACGUAACUGGCCUCUUAGAGUUACUCUGUGGUGGUCACCUGUAACUCUAGAGCCAUUUUGGAGCCUUAUUCUUUUGAGGUUUUCUGUCUCCUCUUUCCAUGGGCCCCAUUCUUUCCCAUCUGUACAAGCCUUAAGGUUCUCUUUGCCAAAGCACCCAGCUAGCUGCUUUUUGAACCAUCCUGCAGGUGUUGUCCCUGCCAUGCCCUGCCCAACUCUUCCCUGUCUCUUCUGUCCUGGAGGACAGGCAAAGAGGCUGGCCUUGCUGCCGACGCCAGAGGUGUUUCUUGUUGUUGGCUGGAUCCCUCAGGGAGCAACAGCCCUAGUUCCAGUUAGGGUCAUUGAUCGGCAGCCUGUGUGCUGGGGAGGGAAUUCUGUCUGGAACAAUCACCAGUUAGCAAGCGCAGUGGAAUCCAGGGGUGUGAAACUGUGGCCAUCUCCGUGGAGGAAGACCCAUGGCCCUACUAUUGAGUCCUCUGUGGAGAGAAAUGACAUGUUCCUCACCUGGUCCCAGGCCUGGGGACAUGGACUAGUGACAGGCUGUCUCAUCAUAGGCCUCCACUUGAGCCUAGUCAACCAUCUGCUUCGAUGCUCUUGGCCCGCUGCUUCUCCUCCCAGCCCUUCCUGACCCUCAGCAGGGAUCAGUAAGGAUGAGUUCUGAUUCCAGGUGAAGGUGACUGGAAGCCUCUGCCAGGACUAAAGGGAUGCAUGUUUGCUUAUGCUGCAGUGAAGUAAUCCAGUGGGGGUCUCCAGCACUGUGAGGCUACAUCUAGACUGCAAGCCUCUUUCGAAAAAGAGCAUCUAGACUACCAGUACUUUCGAAAAAGCAAGCCACUUUUUUGAAAGAG